CGCGACAAGAACUCUGUAAUCAACAACAUCUGCCAUAAUUUCGUUGCAAACAUUCUGCCUGCAACUGAUAUGCCAUUCUUUCCGUAAGCUUCGUUGUGCCGACUUGAAAAAACAAUGUCAGGGUCCAAGGACACUGAUUUCACCUUUAUAAAUUUAUCACACCCUGAUGAUUUGAAAGAUCAGGACACGAUCGACCAUAUUCGGUCCUCCGCAAUGACCAAUUUUGGGCGUCAGAGGCGGAGGCGGAAGAAGAAAGUGGCGCAAGAUGAGAUCGUAUUUGAGCUUCAAGCACCGAACGCUGCAGGACCCAGUCGUGCUGGACCAGCAACAACAGAUACGACGGCGGCCCAGUCCCUACAGGCAGAGGUUGACAAUAGUGGAGCAUGGGCGGAACUUUUCAGUGAUCAUGAACCCCACGUUACGGCGCCACCGUCAGCCAUUUCUUCCCCAUUAUCCUUCGAUGGAUUGUCAUUUUCGAACACCUCAGCCGACGAUUUUCACAGCCACAUGGGGCUCGAUAGCGAGCACGGAAUGUCAUAUGAUACCUUGGGACCGGCAAAUGAUGACGCCAGGGCUACUGGUUCACUCAAUGAUGGUACAGAGGAUCGUAGUGAGGACAAAAUGCUGGAGAAAAUGGACGAGAUUCUGACCCGUGAUUAUGUGCUUGGAGACUACGAUCAAUGGAACAGACGUAUGCAAGCUCUACUACAAAUUAUAGCCAUGAAACGGUCGAUAGAUUGCGAACAGGCAGAGCGUCUGGUGGAAAAUUUCUCAUGGAAUAAUAUCGUAGGGUCUUUCGCUCAAGACAUGGUGCCAUAUCUGAUACCUCCCAUCCAAUGGCAACAACUCAGUCCGACUCCGCCGCUUGUCAAUAACAUGUCGACCGCAAGCUUUGCGACAGGGGCUUCAGCACAAAUAUCUGUUACUUGGCGAGAACAAUUCCCUGAUGCUCAGGGUUGGCUAUCGAUGUACGAGAAGAUUAGAACGGUCCUCGUUGCCCCCAACAUACUGCCCUGCGAUUGGAUGAAUCCAAUACUACAUGGCUUGCUUUCGUUUCGGCCAAUGCAAGGGAACCAAAACCAUCAACCCACGAACAUUCAAAUCAUCGAAGAGGUCUGCCGUGUUGGGACUUUACUUUUCCUAGCCCCGAUUUGGCGCUCAUUCAGCGCUCAACCGGUACGGACAGCAAAGCUCCGAGGCAACCUUUCCAGUACAAUACUCAACUACUUUGCCGAUUGGAGGGAGUUGCGGGUAUUGCUUGUUUGGACCCUGGCACAUGCCGUUCGUGAGUCUGAAGACCAGGUUGAGCGAAGGGAAUUUGCGCUAAGGCUUGCCAUGGUGAUGAGCAAGAUGGGCAUCGGUGGCUGGAGAGACGCAAUAGGGUUGAUCGAAGGGGUAUUGCCAACUGUCUCGGCGUUCGUAUCGUGGCAGUCUGUGGAUGAUGCAUUGACUGAGGUCUUGCAACCAACCAAUAAUUUUAGAAGGAACUCUGAUAGAGUCACUUAACCGGCGAUAGACAACAAGCUAGGAUGAUAGAGACUUGUCAAACUUUAUGAGAAACAUCUUCCAAGCUUCAAGGCAGAAACGGAGUGAGCGACAAACACUGAGCGCACCAGCUAUUCAUCUCUCUCAGGCAUCAGUAGCUCUCCAAAGGAGACAAUGAGUGAUCAUGCUGCCGACCGCAACUUUUCGGAUCUUAUGAAUGAGUGCUAGUCUAACAACCAAGAGUUUUGCGCCCCAGGG